AUGAGCACAGAUUCAAUAGAAAAGUUGUACAAAAACUUUGGUAUACUGGCCGAUUCUAAAGACAAAAUCGGAGAGCAUGUCAAAGAAUAUCUUGAAAUUAUGACAGCUGUCAAAGGCUCUUCAAAAGAAAAAAGGCUGGCUUCGCAAUUUAUCACCAGAUUUUUUAAAUAUUUUCCAUCUGUAGCUGAACAAGCCAUUGAAUGUUUAUUUGAUUUGUGUGAGGAUGAAGACAUAGAAACCAGAAAACAAGCGAUUAAAGACUUACCAUCCUUGUGCAAAGACAAUAAGCAAUUUACUCAAAAAAUUGCCGAUAUUUUGGCUCAACUUCUUCAAGCUGAAGAUUCAUCUGAAAUAGCCGUUGUUAAUAAUUCUUUGUUAACAUUGCUGAGUAUUGAUCCCAAAGGAUGUUUGUCUGGUUUAUUUAAUCAGAUUUUAUCUGGAGAAGAUUUUGUUAGAGAGAAAUGUAUUAAAUUUCUAACUGUAAAAAUAAGAAAUUUUAAAAAAGAUGAACUUAAUGCAGAAGCUGAAGCUUAUAUGAUAACAGAAAUAAAAAAAGUAUUGCAAGAUGUAACUGCAAAUGAAUUUAAUGUAUUAAUGGAAUUAUUAGGUUCUACAAAAUUGGGCAAAAGCAUAAGCGGUCAUCAAGAAUUGGUAGAUUUAGUUGCGGAACAAGUUGAACUUGAUCAUCCGUUCAGCCCGGGAGCCGAUGAAGAAUCUGAACUUUUAGAUAGAUUAAUUAAUUGUGUUAGACAUGCAUUACCUUAUUUUUCAUCUCAAAUCAGUUCAUCUAGAUUUGUAAGUUAUAUAUGCGAACAAAUUCUUCCUCAAUUGGAAAGAAUACUUACAUCUGAAGAAGACAGUCCCAUCGAAUUAGAUUUGCUGAAAAUAUUAGCCGAACUGUGUACACACUGCGGAGCGAUGAAUCAGCCGGAGAAAAAAGUUCUGCAAAUUUACCAAAAACUUCUGGUGUACAUGCCUUUACCUCCAAAUGAUGGAACAGAAUUAACAAUGGAACCGAGAUUAGAAUUUUCUCAUGUCGAAUGUUUGAUGUAUGCUUUUCACAAAUUAGUCAGACAAUGUCCAGAAUUUCUAUCGGAUGCUGAUAGACUAAAAGACUUUAAAUUACGUCUUCAGUAUUUUGCAAGAGGGAUUCAAGGUUAUAUAAAAAAAUUGAGAGAAGCACUAUGUGGGAAAACGGCAGAAGAAUUAAAGUCCGAAGACAAUAGACUAAAAGUUGUAGCAUUGAAAACGACAUCAAAUAUAAAUAUUCUUAUUAAGGAUUUAUUUCACAGUCCUCCUAGUUUUAAAAGUGUUAUAAAUUUGAGCUGGAAACCUCUCGCAAAUUCUUUAGUCGGUGUUAAACGACAUACACCUAUAACUUUUGGAGAAAGUAAAUCAUCACCGAAACAAAAGAAAACAUUAAAAGGAUAUAAAGAAGUUUACACUCCUCCGAGUGGAAAAUACAGCGAUAAAAUUUCCGGUUACAUUAGGGGUAGAGGAAAUUUAUCAGUGUCUCGACUUGGUGGUGGUGGUGGACGUGGAAAGUUUCGUGGCGGCAGAACUUGGAGACGUAUGUCUUAUUAA